ACUGCAUAAAAUUCUAUGUAUUUAUCAAUAUUUAUACCGUUGUGUGUAUGUGUAAACCUAGCUGAUUCCAUCAUAACUACGCGGAGUUUAUUGCCGCAAUUACACCUUAAGCUAUUUGCCUCAAAGCCACCCGUAUUGAGAUUACAAAGGGAAAUAGAAACUAAUUACAAUGGAUUGGUGCACUAUCCGACUCUGGAAUAUGCUAAGAGGAAGCGUCUAUGGGCUCUCCGCUCAUCUACGUACCGUCUGAUAAGGAAUCUCUUCUCACAAUGUUUGGACAAAUAUAAUGAGGCCAGGUCGAUAGAAGACUUAUACUCAUCCGUAUUGUGGUCUAAGAAAGCUUUGGAGUCAAAAUUGUAUAUAUUCAGACGUUCGCCAAUAGUGUUUUUGUUGUUGUUUAAGGAUGUAAGUAGAUGGACAAGGCGUUUGUUCUCCUCAAUCCAAAAAAGAUGCCACGAAUGCACCGAUAUAGAAAAUGCGAAGGUACUGCAGGCUUCACCGAGAUUAUCUGCGCAAUACAAACUUAACUUAACAAAAAUACAUGCAAUCCAUGAUGUUGUUACUAAUUUUGUGAAAACUCUAGGAACAAAUAAUAAAAUUAACUCAAUUAGAACAUCGCAAAAUGUCAAGUCGAAAUACUGGAAUAGAGUACAUCUUAUUGCUUAUAGAUCGGGAAUCGCAGUGAUGCUUUUCAGUUGGUGUCUAGUCCUUCUUAAUCGUAUAAUUCUACCAUAUCUGAUGAAAGAAGUUCUUGCUUUGUUAUGUUUAAUGGCACGACGAUAUGGCAUUUGGAUACCAUCAGACUUUAUUACCGUCUCACUUGGUUGAUUUGGGAGCUGGCAUUCUGACACCAUAUACACCAAAGUUAUAUAAAUUGCCAAGAUUCGUAUUGUGCGAACAUAUAUUAUCGUUCAUUCACGUUUGAUGAGUUAUUGUGCACUUCUGUGGCUUAUAUUUAAUAAUUUUCAAGUGGCAUCAACAAUUUACAACUAUCAGGCAAAAUUCACCAAUAUCUGCUAUAGGUAGGCUUCGACAGCCUCACUCUAGGAUUGGUGAUAAAUAUAACGGUUAAACGGAAUAACGAAAAUAAAUUGUUUUAAAAAAUGCUACUUUAGAUUUGCAAUAACUCAUGCCAUUUAUAUGAUUCCAAAAUAUUGAGCAUAAAUGAUGAGAUAUAAAUAUGGCUCACUUGCUUCAGGUAUAACACUGUUCAUCAUAUCAAUCCAGCCUUAAUGUCCCAAAUUUCUAGAAAAAAUAUACACCAAAUUUAUGUCUCAAUUUGUUCAUGUAAGAGAGCUCUGACAAGUUCAAG